AUGUCGGGCAAGAUGGUAUUGUACAAGCUGGUGGUGCUUGGAGAUGGAGGUGUAGGAAAGACGGCGUUGACUAUUCAGUUGACGCUACAACAUUUCGUUGAAACUUACGAUCCCACGAUUGAAGAUUCGUACCGAAAACAAGUGGUUAUAGAUGGUCAGUCAUGUAUGCUGGAGGUAUUAGACACGGCAGGUCAAGAAGAAUAUACAGCCCUACGAGAUCAGUGGAUUCGUGACGGAGAGGGAUUCGUAUUAGUGUACAGCAUAUCAUCACGAUCAUCCUUCACCCGAAUCACACGAUUCCACAACCAAAUCCAACGAGUCAAAGAAUCCUCCGCCUCCUCACCCACCUACCCCGGCUCACCACUCUCCUCCACCAUGCCACAAGCUCCCGUCCCUAUAAUGCUCGUUGGAAACAAAAGCGAUCGAGUAACCGAACGAGAGGUGUCCACCCAAGAAGGCCAUGCCUUAGCACGCGAAUUAGGAUGUGAAUUCGUAGAAGCAUCAGCGAAGAAUUAUAUCAAUGUGGAAAAGGCAUUCUACGAUGUCGUUAGACAGCUCCGCAGACAGCGGAUACAAACGAGUCAGAAAUUACCUACGACAGGCGGGAAACAGAGAACGCAAACUUCGGAAUCGAGUCAGCGAGAUAGUGAUCGCAUAUACAGACAUAAGCCCAAGAGUCGGAAAUGCGUCAUAUUAUGA